AUGGCUGAUCCAUCUCUUCCAUCCCCAAACGAUGAGGCCAAAUUAGCAACACAAACACCAGCAAAAUCUCUUCCAAAGCCUAGCUCACAGCAUGCCCUGCCCAAGACCCUAGCAAGUGCUUCCAACUUUGCCAAUCUUCUUCCCACCGGCACCGUCCUAUCCUUCCAAGCUCUCAUACCUUCAUUCUCCGACAAUGGCUCUUGCCGGCUUUACAACAAGUACCUGGCUAGCUCCUUAAUUGGGCUGUCUGCCGUCGUCUGUUACCUUUCUUCAUUCGCGGACAGCUUUAGAGGCAAAGACGGGAAGUUACAUUACGGCAUUGCCACAUUCGGAGGAUUUUACAUCUUUGACUAUCGUCAUUGUGAAGGAGAUGUUAAAAAUGAUACAGAGAUGAAGAAGUUGAGGAUUAGUUUCGUAGACGUGGUCCAUGCCUUUGUGUCGCUCAUUGUCUUCUUGAUCUUUGCCUUUAGCAACCGAAUGUGUGGUCUUGUUUCUUUCCCGAAGCAGGAACCACGGGAAAAGAAUUGAUGAUGAAUCUGCCGCUCGGAGCUGGAAUUGUCUCGACCUUCUUGUUCAUCAUUUUUCCAACUAGAAGGAGAGGGAUAGAUCUUCCUCCGCCAACCAAUUAACGGGCAAAGUAUUCUCUGAACUGAUUAUGUUGAACUCAAGUUUGCUUACAUAUGCAGUUAAUCAUGA